CAAAACAUUGACCGCUCUGCUACUAAACACUAGUAAAUGUAGUGUGUUUUUCUCUCUGGAGAAAGUGAGAGAAAACAAAAAAUGGUGGUGAAGCGGAGCCAAGCGCAUUUGAACAAGGAUUCAAAGGUGGAAGUUUGCAGCAACGAAGACGGGUACCAAGGUGCAUGGUUCCCAGCCAUAAUCCUUGACCCACAACCCUCAGAUGGCACACCAAAGAAGAAAAGGAAGAGCCUUGUUGGCAACUCAAGCAAGGCUCUGGUGCAGUACGAGACUCUGGUCUCCGACGAUGACCCAAACAAGCCACUCACUGAGCUCGUUGACGUGUGCUCCAUCCGGCCAGUGCCUCCUCCUGACAAUCCUGACCAGCCCUUCGAGCCCGCAAACGUCGUAGAUGCCUUUUACCGAGAAGCUUGGUGGGUGGGGGUUGUGAUGAGGUUUGAGGAUGAAAAGUAUACGGUGGGUUUCAGAAACCCACCUGAUCUGCUUGAGUUAAGGCGCUCUGAGCUGCGGCCUCAUUGGGAUUUUCUGGACGGCGUAUGGGUUCGAGCCCAGAAGGAGAGGAUGGCGGGAUCAUUUUUCAGCCCUGGGACAGCAGUGGAAGUGAAUCUCUACAAAGAACAUCUAUUCUGUGCUUGGUUCCCAGCAAUUUAUCUUGGUGAACUAGGGGCCAACUAUUUCUUGCUUCAAUAUAAGAGCUCAAACAACUGUGACGUUAAAGUGGUCGUAGGUGGCAAACAGAUUCGGCCUCAGCCUCCAAAGUUGGCUGAAAGAGAUUUUAACUUGAUGGAAAAGGUGGAUGCAUUCUUUGAUAUGGGUUGGUGGGUCGGAGAGAUUAUAAAAGUUCUUUCAGGAAAGAAGUAUGUGGUCUGUUUCAAAUUGACAAAGGAGGUGAAGCAAUACAGUCAGUCAGAAUUGAGGCGUCACAUGUACUGGACUGAUGGAAGAUGGGUUACUAUGAUCAAUGGAAAACGGGUUACUAUGAUCAAUAGAAACUGGGUUACUAUGAUCAAUGGAAACUGGGUUCCUUACUUUAAGUUUCAGGAAGGUCACUUUAGCAGGGAUUCUGAAGUACGAUCAAAGCGUGCAUGCGAGAGUUCCAGGAGUUUUGAGUUAGCUGCAGCACUUGAAUGUUCAGGUGCUACCAAGGAUAUUAAUGAAGAAAAAACACCUUGGUUGAGGAUUUUGUGGAAGAAUCAGUCGGAGGACUUGAGUCCUUGCAUUGAUAAAUCACCUUACGGAAAGACCAAAAAGAAACUAAAAAUUAAUCAGAAACCUAACGAUGAUGCAACCAUUUUAGGUCUUUCCAAGAAGUUAAUAUGGGGACAUUCAGAAGACUCCUUAUCUUUUGCACAAUUAUUUCGAAGGAGCGAAGAAGCCCCAGUUAGAGAUGGUGUGAAGACUAAGCAACAGCAGGUUGGAGGACUGGACAAUCAAGCAAUAGUUUCUCUUAAACGAAAAGUCAAGAAGGGCAGUGAAAUAAGAAAGGCUGAUGAAGAAAAUGUUGAUGAUGAGUAUGGAGUAGAUAACAUUGAAUCUUCUGGUACAGAGUCUAAACUAACAAGGGGAUCUCAUGCUGACGCAUCAUGUCUGCUCCCCAUGGAGGAGGUUGAAUGGAACGAAGAUGGAGCGAGCAGUGAAUUGCAUGUGAUAAAAAGGUUGGAGUGGACAGGUGAGAAGCACAAUGGAACUGGAGUUGUUGCUCAAGUUGAAUUGACUAAGACUCAAGUUGCGAAUGAUAAUGGUAACCCUACUGGGAUUUCCAACAAACAAAAUGAGGUCGGAAGAAGACAGGUUGAAACUGGGGUAACAGGUUCUGAAGAAGCGAUAAGAGAGACGGAAACUGUGGAUUCCGCAAUGGAUUACUUGACAAAAGAAGUUCAGGUGACUGUGACCGGAGUAUCUGCAACACCAUCUGCCCAUGAUCAACCUUUAUCAGUGUAUGUAGAUGAAAUGCAUUCUAUAAAAGCCAAAGAGUGCUCAAGCAACCCUGCUGGGACUGCCAAGCAACAAAAUGAAGUUGAGCAACAAGACAGUCCACAUUCGCCUUUUGUGAGAAGGUCUCCAUUUUGGAAAAGUAUUGAAUCCAUGGAAGGAUUCCAAAGAGUUCCGCAAAGGCCACCUUUUCAUCCUCUGAUGAAGUGUAAAGCGGUUUGUCGCGAAGGAUCCGCUCUUGGAAAUAUGAUAACCUUUGCCUCUUUGGUGGAGAAGACUUCCAAGUUGCAAGUUGGCGAUCCUAGAGACUUAUUUGAUAGCAACUUGGAGGCACUGGUUGACUUGGAAAUGUUGGGAUUUGAUGUUACGGCAGUACGGCAUCGUUUGAAGGAAUUGAUUGAAAUGAAAGUUAAGUUGGGUCAGCUUGAGAACCAAUCAAAAGAAGUUGACAUUCAGAUCACGGAGUGUACUUUUGACAGAACCAGAAACAAUGAAACAAUCAGUCGGAUUGAUAAGGAGAUCAAGGACUUGAAGGAAAAACGGGGGACCCUGAUGUCAAUCAAUGUGGCCAAAGGUUCUGAAAUUAGCAAGUUGCAAUCAGAAGCUAAUGCUAUCACUGAAGGCAUUCAGAGCAUCCAUCGUGAUUUUGAGAAAUUAGCUGCUGCAGCAUGGUGA